GAGCCACCCUGAACGUGAUCCAGCUGCUCCAACACUUCGAGCACGCUGCGCCGGUCCUCGUGCAGAUCGUCAGUGUUUGGACCACAGAGUACGGCCUCAAGACCAUCGUGGGGGAGAUAAUGAGGGAGAUCGGACAGUGUGCCGGUGUCGACGGUAAUCGGGAGACCCUGGGCGUGCGAUCCUUCGGGACGUUCCUGGCGGAGCUGUCCGAGGUCAUCCCUGCGGUGAUGAUCCCCAACGUCAGUCUGGUGCUGGACCUGCUCAACAGGGAGAGCCACCUCCUGCGGAACGCGGUGCUGUCCUGCGUGGCCCAGAUGUUGACGCAGGUGCUGAACGGGCCACAGCUGGAGCAGGGGUCCCGGGCCCUGAGGGACAGCUUCCUGGACACCCUGCAGCACCACCUGCACGACACCCACGCCCUGGUGCGCAGCCGGACCCUGCAGCUGCUGGGCCUGGUGGUGCAGGGCAAGGCACUGCCACUGAAGCGGUUCCAUGCUGUAGUGACGCUGGCCACGGGAAGGCUGUGUGACAAGGCAGUUAACGUCUGCAAGAACGCCAUCCACCUCCUGGCCGACAUACUGGUCAACAAUCCAUUCACAGGCAAGCUCAGCAUCGAUGACCUGCGAGCUUCCUACGAGAAGGAGCGACUGAAGCUAACUCAACUGAGAGAGGAGAGAGCGCAGGCAGGAGCAGUGACCCUGGAGCCUGCCGAGGAGUGGGAUGCGAUGCAGCCCGAGCUGCUGUCUGCCGUCCGGGAUGUGCUGCGGGGGGAGGAGGAGGAGGUGGGGGAGGCUGCAGAUGGGCCGAGCCGCGAUGAUUCUCCCCAGAGCCUCUGCGAUCGCAUCGGCUCCCUGCUGAAGGCAGCCAAGUACAAACAAGCCAUCCGCCUGGCCCGGGAGGCCGGGGAGCGGUUCCCGGACACGUCUCCCUUCCGCACUCCUGGCCCGGAGAACGCAGGAGACGAGGAGCCUGCUGAGGAGGCUCACCUACUACAAGUGCUGGAGACCUGUGUCAGAGGUCCCAGCACAGAUGUCCAGCCUGAAUCUCAGCCCCCAGACCCACAGGGGAACGAAGGACCCUCCCCCCUGGCCCGCCAGGAGGUCCUGGUGCAGUACCUGCAGGACACGCUGACCUUCGGCGAGAAGAUCCAGGGGGCCAUCGAAAUCGUCAGCAAGCUGCUGGGUUCCAAGAACCCCUCCGUGGUUCAGGACGCCAUCCACUUCUUCGUGACGAUCUCGGAGUUCGAGGUGCCAGGAUCGACAGUGGGGAUGAGGCAGAUGCUCCCCCUGGUGUGGUCAAAGGAGGCCGGAGUCAAGGAGGCAGUGGUGAAUGCCUACAGACGCCUCUACCUCAACCCCGGUGGCAAGAGCCCAAAACCACAGACCCUGGUCCAGCAGCUGACGGCUCUUGUCUUCGACUCCACCGUGGAACGCAUCAAGUGUCUGGAGGAGUUGGUCAGCGAGUUUGUGCAUAACCAGGAAGUGGAGCCAGCAGUUAUCCAGCUGUUGUGGGAACGGUUCACCGGGAAAGUGAUGUGUACGGCAGAGGAGAAGAGGGCAGCUGUGGUCCUGCUGGGCAUGGCGGCUCAAGGUGAACCAGAAAUUGUGGGCAGUAACCUGGAGACCCUUUUUACUGUUGGUUUGGGGUCACGUGCAGCCCAGGACUAUCAGCUGGCUCGGGACAUCUGCCUUACCAUCGGGAAGCUCGCGAGCUCCAAGAAGGGGAAUCGUGGACGGAGCGAGGCUCCCUUCCGCCUGCCCUCUGAUCACCCCCUGUUCUCUCAUCUCUGCACGGCUGUGACUGAAGGUUUCUCGGUCCACAGCCUGCACUGGCGCCCCUUUGCUGAGGCCGCUGUCUCCCUCAUCUACCGUCUGGCGGAAGGACCGGACCACCUGUGCGGGCAGUUACUGCUCUGCUGCUCCAAGCUGCUCACCGCACCGGCACCCCCAGGCGAGGCAUCCCCGCCGGCCGGCACCCAAUCACAGGAGAGCAAAGCAGGUCCAGUGCCGGAUCUCCCGACCCACCUGCUGACCAACCUGGUGUGCCUGGUGGGACACGUGGCCCUGCAGGAGGUGGUUCACCUGGAGCAAGCCGUGGGUCCCGAGAUGCAGAGACGUCGGCUGGAGCGGGAGCAGAGAGGAGCACGCAGGCCCAAGCGGGUCAGUGUCAGCGCCAUCGAGGAGGAGCUCGGACUGGGGGAGAACACAGCCGAGGACACGGAGGCAGAGCUGGUGCGGAGGGUCUGCGACAUGGAGCUCCUGGGGGAAGGGCAGCUGCUCUCCGCCUUCGUCCCCCUCGUGGUGAGGCUCUGCAGUCACCCCGGCAUGUACAACGACCCAGACCUGGCGACUGCCUCCUGCCUCGCGCUCUGCAAGCUGGCCAUCGUCAGCCACGACUUCUGUGAGUCACACCUGCGCCUUCUGUUCACUCUGCUGGAGAAGUCCACCCUCCCCGCCAUCCGCUCCAACACCAUGGUGGCCCUCGGGGACCUCUGCUUCCGGUUCCCCAACCUGAUCGAGCCCUGGACUCCUCACCUCUACGCCAGGUUGCGCGACCCCUCACCUGCCGUCCGCCGCACCGCCCUCAUCGUAAUGACCCACCUCAUCCUGAAGGACAUGGUGAAGGUCAAGGGUCAGAUCAGCGAAAUGGCCACCCUCCUCGUCGAUCCAGAGGAGGAGAUCGUCCUCCUGACUCACAGUUUCUUCAAUGAGUUGUCCAGCAAGGGGAAUGCCGUGUACAACCUGCUGCCGGACAUCAUCAGUCGCCUGUCCGACCCGGAGUGCGGGAUCGCGGAGGAGCCCUUCCGUACCGUCAUGAGACAAAUGUUCAGCUACAUCACCAAGGACCGACAGACAGAGAGUCUGGUGGAGAAGCUGUGUCACCGCUUCCGCACGGCCAGACUGGAGAGGCAGCACCGGGACCUGGCCUUCUGCCUCGGCCUGCUGCCCGGCACCGAGAAGGGGCUGCGGCGGCUGCAGGAGAACCUGGACUGCCUGGCCGACAAGCUGCAGCAGGAGGCCGUCUACCAGCAGAUGCUGGCCGUCGUGGGCAAGCUGCGCAGGGGGCUCAGACCCGAGCUCAAGGUUCUGGUCGAUGAGUUUGAGCAGAGAAUCACACGGUGCCACACCCGAGGCAUGGACGAUGGUGAUCUGGUGGAUGUAAUCCAGGGGCCAGAGGCUUCUAGCAAGAAAGAAGAAAAGAAGCAGCCAUCACCGAACCCUUCUCCAGCCGCUGUGGCGUCCACCCCCCUGGUCGGCAAGAGACCCAGACCUGCUCGCCGAGUUUGUAUUGCGUUCUCCAGUGACGAAGAAGACGAUGAAGAGAGAGAGACGGACGCCGUCAUGAUGAAGUGCGAGACCCCUGAGAUCACCUCACCUAUUCGCCGGUCGGGGAGGAGCCGGAGGGGGGCAGCGGCCCGCAAAUGAUUCAACUCUGGGCGCCACACCCUGCCCCCCUGGUCUGUGGGGGAGGGAGGGUGUGUGACCGUGCCUGUGUUUUGGGGAAUGGGAACUCUCCAGCUACUCCGAACUCCCCGACACAGCUCCGGGAGAGUGUGUGUGUGUGUGUCUGUGCCUCUGUGUGUGUGUGUGAAGGCCUCUCCAUCCAUGUACAUAUGUCAAUGUGUCUCUGCACACCAUGCCUCGAUGCUCCCUCUCUCUCUGUGUCCCCAACGUGUGUCUUCCCGACGGCUAGGCCACACUCUGUUUUGUCCCCUCCCCCCGUGUCUGAAUAAAGUUUCUUUUCUUGGGAACAAACUGGAGACGU